CUAAACGCGCAGACGGAUUUGGGAGGUGCAGAAAGGGGGAACGGGGAACGCGGAAAGGGAUCUCGCCGCAACGCACCAUGGAGCUCGCCGCAACCGGCGCUGCUGCCCUCCGGCGAUCGUUGGCGUCGGGGUAUCCGGUGGUUCCGAGGGAGAGGAGAAGGCGGAUGCCGGCCAGGGUGUCCUGCGUCGGCCGCGGAGGCAGAGGCGUAGGCGGGGGAUUCGCCGACGAGGCGCACCUCAGGUACUACGAGGCGCCGCCGCGGAAGGCGGUGGAGGCGGCGGCGAGGGACCUUACCAAGCUCCGGGCCAUGGGCCUUGUCGCCGGCGACCCGGCCAAGGAGAAGAUCCUCUCGGAAGCCACUGAGCUGCUGCUAGAGGAGUUGAAUCAGAUGAAGGAUGCAGAGGACGAGCUGAAGAAGAAGGACGAGCUGAAGAAGAAGCAGAAAGAGGAGAAGGCUGCCAUGAAAGCACUGAAGAAGCAGCAGAAGGAAGCGAAGAAGGCUGCAAUGAACUGUGGAGAUGGCUCCUCUGAAUCAAGCGAGAGUGAGUGUGAGGAAGAGCAGUCCAUGAAAAUGAGUUGUGUUGCCACCACAUCGAUGCCUGCAAUUGAGCAAGGAAUGGCGAUGUCAAUGUCAGUGCCCCAAAUUGCUGCAUCCAACAUUGCAACAGCUCCGGCAAUGGAUUUUGACAAGGCUGCGAUGAAGGCCAUGAAGAAGAGGGAGAAGGAGCAAAAGAAAGCUGCAAAGAAGGCCAUGAAGAUGAAAAAGGAGGAAGAGAAGAGGAUGGCCACACUGAAUUCCUGCAAGGAUGAAGACAGUUCAUGCUCAUCGGAGUCCAGCAACAGUGAGUGUGAAGGGGAAGUCGUCAGAAUGAGCCGCUGUGCCACCAUUUCUGUGCCUCGAACACCAUCUGCAAGCACAGUUUUCCCCAUCAUAGUGCCACAAAUCCCAGACUCCGUUGCACUGGAUGCUCAGAUCAUUUCUGGGUCUGCAAAUGCAAUGCAGCGCACUACCACCAGCAUUGCGGUUGUCGAAAAACCAGUGCUGAACAGAAUCGAGGUCUGCAUGGGUGGCAAAUGCAAGAAGGCGGGCUCGCUCGCCGUCCUGCAGGAGUUUGAGACGGUGGUUGGCACGGGCGGCUUGGUGGUCGGUUGCAAAUGCUUGGGGAAAUGCGGGCUAGGCCCAAAUGUGCGGCUUCGGAGUGAGGGCUCUGUACAGAAGAACAGUCCCAUCUGCAUUGGUGUAGGCUUGGAUGAUGUUGGCACCAUAGUGGCAGGCUUCAUCGGAGAUGACGAUCUGGGUAUGAACUGAUACGAUGGUUACCUGGACUCAGGUUGGUAUUUACAGAGACCUGUAUUACUACAACUUGUUUUGUCUGGCAAAUGUACUACUGCAACUUUGCUGCACAAUAAUACAUUGUAGAUAAUCACGCCCCUGACGAGCUGAUGUAUGUUCUGAGCUUAAUGAGCUGCUGUUUACUAUAUAUAUACUCCCUGUUUCAUCCA